UUCUUUUACGGCGACGUAAAGGAGGAAGAUCCCCUCUGCCCCCCUCUGAUGGUAACCCGACCGUCGUCCGUUCACACGCUGCUGAGGGGGAUCGGCAGCCCGCUGCAGCGACGGCUGGCUGUCAGGCGCAGAGGAAUGAUAAUUAGAAAGCGAUUGAGUCGGCAGAAGGAGGAAGAGAAGAAGGAGCGAAGGAGCCUGGCCUGCAGCAGCGGAGGAAAACAUGACCUGAUCUCCAUCUGAUCCCCAACAGGAGAGGAAAACCUGGGAGUAGUAGCAGCUGUGUUGUUUUUUUUUUUUAUUUCUGGAGGAGAUGAUGAUGAUGAUGAUGAUGAUGAUGAUGACGGCGGCAGCGAAGGAGGAAUGAACUCAGAUCAAUAAUCCUCCCUCCUCCACCUUCAUCCCUCCAUCACCUCUGCAGGAGGAACUUGUGGAAGGAUGUGGAGGGAAGACCCCGAACGCGUCCUGGUAUCCAUGGAGACAAGCGGGAUCUGAGGUGGUCGGCGAGCCUCGGGGAUCCGGUCCGGCUGCAGGAUGGACCAGGCCGGCUCUUCCUUCAGGAGAUGAGUUCUGAGUUCUGCUUUUCCUGAUCUGACUUCGCUCUGAACCGUUGGACCGUCACAGCAGCGCUCCGGGUCCCGGGCCACCAUGAGGCUCCGCAGGGAAGCCGGGGAUUAGGUGGUGCUGCAAACGGUGCGCCCUCUGCAGGAUGAAAGAGGAGCUGCGGACUUUGUUUCAGCAGGUGAUCGGGUUCCCUGACUCGGGGCGGAUUGAUCCUCCGGUCCGUCCAGUCCGGCUGCUGGAAGCUGAAACUCUGGAUGGAGAUAAGUGAGCGGAUACAGAUUUACUGAGCAACAGGAACAGAACCGAACCGCUGAGGACCGAGCUGUGAGAUCUGCUCCGGUGGGACGGCUGGGCAGGGAAUGCUCCACCACUCCACACAACGCCCCGACUGGAGCGCACAGGGCGGGCAUCCAUCUUGAUUUUUACAUCAGAACUCAAAGAGGGACAAGUCCUCUCCCCCCCACUCACCUCAGGUGGGGGGGAGGGUGAAGUACUUCCUGUCUGAAGGUGUAGGCCUCAGGGCCUCAGGGUGUAGUUUAGCUUGUAGAGUAGGCUUUCAUUCCUGGACCAAACCGGACCAGCCAGAACCGCCUCUGUAAUCUGAGGUCAUGGAUGCCAGUCAGGGUCCGGGUCCAGGGAGUCCGGAAAGCCCCAACCGGGCUGUGGAGUACCUGCUGGAGCUCAACAACAUCAUCGAGAGCCAGCAGAAGCUUCUGGAAACCCAGCGGCGCCGAAUCGAGGAGCUGGAGGUCCAACUGGAUCGUCUGAGCCAGGAGAACAAAGACCUGCGUUUGGAUCGGCAACCCGUCGCUCCGCCUCCGCCCGCUCCUCCUCCUGAGCCUCCGCUCCCACCUCCUCCCCCGCCGCCGCCUUCGGCCCUCGCCACGGCAACCAAGAACCAUCACCACCACAACAGCCAGGCUCCGCCCCCACCUCCCACCUCCAUCCCACUCCACCACAGCCACCAGUCCCACCAGUCCCACCAGUCUCACCACCACCACGCCUACAACAGCACCCCCGCCGCCGUCUCGCCUCUGGCCUCUGCCAACCCAACCUCCAUCUCUAUACCGACCCAGAUCCCGGCUCCGGCCUCGCCCACCAGCCCAGCGCCACCGCCGCCGCCUCCCAUCCCGCCCAGGGACCAGCCGCGGGCCCACAGCCGGCUGACCCGGGUUCCCUCCACCAGCACCGGGACCAACACCAACUUCGUGGAGAAGGAGAAGGAGCGUCUGGAACGCCUGCACCGAGCCAACGCCUCCAACAACCACCACUCCCACACCCUGCACCACCAGAAACCCGUGGAGGGCGACCCUCAGUGUCCGGAGGUCCUCACCUUCUCAGACUCGUCGUUUGGGCAUCCUCCUCCCUUCCAUCGCUAUAGCAACAGCCCCCUCUCCAGCCCCUGCGACCCCUACGGCCCCGCCUCCGGCACCGGCCCCCUGGGAGCCUCUCACUCGCAGACACAGGGCAGCUCCCCCAUUUCUCCCCCCAGCCCUGCAAGCCUCGCCUGGGCUCAGCGCAGCAGACAUCAGCCGGCCAGCCUGGCGCUCCGCAAGCAAGAGGAGGAGGAGAGCAAACGCUGCAAGGCGCUAUCUGACAGCUAUGAGCUCUCUACAGACCUCCAGGACAAGAAGGUGGAGAUGUUGGAGAGGAAGUACGGGGGCCAGUUUGUGUCCCGGCGGGCGGCGAGGACGAUCCAGGCGGCGUUCAGGCGGUACCGCAUGAACAAGAAGUUUGAGAGGCUCCGCAGCUCAGCAUCAGAGAGCAGGAUGACCCGCCGCAUCAUCCUGUCCAACAUGAGGCUGCAGUAUUCGUUUGAUGAGCGGCAGCCACAGGGUCAGGGGUCGCCGGGCCAGCAGGGUUCAGAGGACGCUGGAGACGUAGACGACUCUUUCUCCAAACAGGUGAAGUCUCUGGCUGACUCCAUGGACGACUCGCUCACCUGCCAGUCCGGCCGCGAAGACUCCCAAGAUGUCGGCGGAGAAGGAGAGGAGGAGGAGGACGAGGAGGAGGGAGACGAGGACGAGGAAGAGGAGGAGGAGGAAGACGAGGAAGAGGAGGAGGAGGUAGAGUACAGGCAGUGCGGAUGGCGCAACACGAACACGGCGUCGCGGCGCGCGCCCGGCCGGCCGGAGGGAGGCCGGGGGGGCGUGGCCAUGCACGAGGACAGCACCGCCACCUCCUUCAGUGACGUCACGCUCUACAUGGACGAAGGCUGCCUCCCGUCCUCGCCGCUGUCCCGUCCCGCCUCCAGCUCCGACACGGACUACUGGGUCGGGGGCGCAGGAGGGAGGGAAGACAGCAGGGAGACGGAUGGAGGCAGCAGCGCCAGCCGGAGGAGCAGCACCCCCUGCACUGAGUGCCGAGGAGAGUACCGAGGAAGAGGAGCAGGAGGAGGAGGAGCAGGAGGAGGAGAAGGAGGACACCUUCCUGUCCUCACCAUCGAACCGCCCAGCGACAGUUCAGUGGACAUGAGCGACAGGUCGGAGCGUGGGUCUAUCGGACGUUUGGUGUACGAGCAGGAGUCCUCCGGAGGGGAGCGAGGAGGAGAGAGAGGAGGAGAAGGUGAAAGUGGAGAGGACGAGCUUGGAGCAGGAAGCAGCGAAGCCGAAUCUCCACAAGGAACCAUCAAACACAAGCCAAACGGCCGCUCGGUCGCCAUGGCGCAAGGACAGACGCGCAGCCCCGCUAACGUCCCCCUGCCGAUGCCGUCGGCCCGGACGCUGCCACCCCACCCGCUCCAACACCCCCACCCUCCCCACCCCUCUGCCAUCCCCCACCUUCCCACCAUCCUCCACCACCACCCGCAGUACAGCCAGCACGUCAUGCACAUGCACCACGCCCACGCCGGCGGCCCCUACAUGCAGCAUCCGCACCACUUCGCCCAGCACCACUACCACCAUCUGCACCACCAGCACCACCACCUCCCACACUCGUACCCAGAACCCCCUGUGUCUCCGUUGCCCUCCCCGGUUCCACCUCUCACACCUUUGUCCCCGCUGCCACCGCCUCUCACGCCCUCGCCGAUGUCGUCUUCCUCAGUGCUGCAGACCCUGGAGGGGCAGCAGCACCUCGCCCACCACCCACUCCUCCACCACCACCACCACCUCCUCUGCUCAGACGGAGACAACGAGAGCGUCAACUCCACCACCACCAACUCCAACGACGACACCACCGUCAACAACUGCAGCUCCGGCUCGUCGUCCAGGGACAGCCUGCGGGAGCCGAUCGGCGGAGCCUCCCUGGGGAAGCAGACCUACCAGAGGGAGAGCCGCCACAGCUGGGACUCCCCCGCCUUCAACAACGACGUGGUGCAGCGGCGGCAGUACCGCAUCGGCCUCAACCUCUUCAACAAGAAGCCGGAGAAGGGGAUCCAGUACCUGAUCGAGAAGGGCUUCGUGUCGGACACUCCGGUGGGCAUCGCCAGGUUCAUCCUGGAGCGGAAAGGACUGAGCAGGCAGAUGAUCGGAGAGUUCCUGGGCAGCCGGCAGCAGUUCAACAAAGACGUCCUGGACUGCGUCCUGGAUGAGAUGGACUUCUCUGGGAUGGAUCUGGACGAAGCGCUGAGGAAGUUCCAGGCCCAGAUCAAGGUUCAGGGCGAAGCUCAGCGGGUGGAGCGGCUGGUGGAGGCCUUCAGUCAGAGAUACUGCGUCUGCAACCCGGUGCUGAUCCGGCAGUUCCAGAACCCAGACACCAUCUUCAUCCUGGCCUUUGCCAUCAUCCUCCUCAACACGGACAUGUACAGCCCCAACGUGAAGCCAGAGAGGAAGAUGAAGCUGGAGGACUUCAUCAAGAACCUGAGGGGCGUGGAUAACGGGCAGGACAUCCCCAGAGACCUGCUGGUGGCCAUCUACGGCCGCAUCCAGAAGUGGGAGCUGAGGACCAACGACGACCACGUGUCGCAGGUCCAGGCGGUGGAGCGCAUGGUGAUCGGCAAGAAACCGGUUCUGUCGCUGCCGCACCGCAGGUUGGUGUGCUGCUGCCAGCUGUUCGAGGUUCCCGAUCCAAACCGGGCCCAGAGGAGUGGUGUCCAUCAGAGAGAAGUCUUCCUGUUCAACGACCUGCUCAUGGUAACGAAGAUCUACCAGAAGAAGAAGACGUCGGUGAUGUACAGCUUCAGGCAGUCGUUUCCUCUGCUCGACAUGCAGGUCCACACCUUCCAGAACACCUAUUACCCUCAUGGCAUCCGGCUGACGUCCGCGAACCCCGGAGGAGAGAGGAAGGUGUUGAUCAUCUUCACGGCUCCGAGCCAGCAGGACCGAGCGCGCUUCACCUCCGACCUGCGAGAGAGCAUCGCCGAGGUCCAGGAGAUGGAGAAGUACCGGGUGGAGUCCGAGCUCGAGAAGCAGAAAGGCAUGAUGCGUCCCGGCAUGUUGGCGGGUUCUGGCGGGAUGGGGACGUCGGGGAGCGGGACCAGUUCGACCGGGGGGCCCAUGAAGGGUGAGGUGGUGAACGGCACCCUGGGAAGGCCGAGCCUCGACGAUACGUACGCCUCCGUGGACGGACUGAAACGCACGGCGCUCAGCUCCUCGCUCAGAGAUCUCUCAGAGACGGGGAAGCGAGGUCGGAGGAACAGUGUUGGCUCAUUGGACAGUACCAUUGAAGGUUCCAUUAUUAGCAGCCCGCGGCCUCACCAGCAGCGCCCCCUGCAGGGCGCCAGUCUGUCCUACAGCCCCAUGAUGGUGCCCUCGUCCCCAGCAGCCUACCGGCCGCACCGCCCUACUCAGAGCCCCGGUACGGGGGUGGGGGGUGGGCCGGGGCUCUGUCACAACCGAGGGGGGGUCACCACAUCUCCUCUCGCGAGCGGGGGCGGGGGUGGGCCCGGCGGCGCGAUGGCGGCGGGCGGCGGCCAGAUCCCCGGAGGCCGAAUGGGGAACUUCUUUGGCAGUCGAAGAGGCAAAGUUCCUGGUCCCCUGAUGAUGAUGUCACCGCCUCCUCAGGGUCCACCGAGUCCUCUGAUGAUUUCGUCCCCCCCCCACUACCCCGCCCCCGCGCCGCCCAUCGCCCUCCCAUCCUCCCCUUCCCCAUGCCCCUCCCCUUCGCCCAACCUCGGCCAGUCGGACUCGGCCGGGGCUGGAGGGGCCGGCGGCCCGGGAGGGGGGCCGUCCAAGCUCCAGGCGUUGCACGCCCAGUAUUGCCACGGCAACAGUGGAGGAGGCGGAGUCAGUGGGCACCCGCCGCAGCAGACGCCGCCGCCGCCCUACCAUCACCACCACCGCUACCACAUGCAGAGCUUGCCGCAGCACCACGCGCUGACGCACCGCUUCUCCGCGCCGCUGCAGCACAGCUGCGCCCCGCCCCACAGCCAGCCGCAUCAGAGGCUGCAGCAAGGCUCCGCCCACCCGCGCUACAACAUGGUGUCCGGCUUCACCACACCACCGCCGCUGUCCCCCCACUCUCCCGUCACGCCCACUACGCCGCACGGACACUACCACCGGCCGGGGGGCGGAGCCAAGCUGCCCCUCACCAUCUCGCACUCCCAGCCCCACCCGCACGCUCACACACACACACACAACCACACCGUGCACACACACUCCCCGCUCAGCCCCUCCCCCUCCGCAACAGGCUCCACCCACUUCAUCUUCUCCACUCCGCCGCCCCAGACGCCCUCGGCGCGCCUCGUCACCCAGACGCCGCCGCAGCCCUACGCCCCCCAGUACCCGCCGCUGUCGUCCAUCCCGCCCCCCCCUCCCCACUCCCCGCUGCCUCCCCCGUCGGGCGCCCCGCUCUCCCCGCUCCCCCCUGGGGUGGGGCAAGGGGGCGGCCCCAAAGCGAAGCCAGUCAGCCGCAUCAGCACGGUCGUGUGAAGACGCAGAAAUCGAGGACGGUGGCGCGCAACCCCACAGUGAGCCGCCAGGGGGCGAUAUUGAGAGUGAGCACAAGAGGGAGGAGGGGAAGAAGAGCGGGAGGACAGAUCCAGUUGUAUCAAAAUGGCCGCCUGAUGAGGAGGAGAGCGGUGAGAGCGGGAAAGAGGAAGCUGCUCAGCCUGUGCUAUUUCCACAUAGACUUUCCUCGCAGGUAGAGCGCCGGAGGGAAAAACUACCGCUUAGGUCUGGUGACGCCCCACCUCCCCUUCAUACCGCCCUGCGUGGUGAGCCGGGACUCAGUCGGACAUGUUUGUAGUUCUUCGCUACUUCAGAGUGUUCGUCUCAUGUUGUGAGUACCUUUUUUAACAUUUCUGUGGCUGUAGUGGACAAGCGGUUGAGGGACCAGUUAGGAAGGGAACAGUGCCUGAAAACGUAACAUGAGAGUUGACGCUCCGAGUUAAAGGGACAGUACCGUGUCCAAAAAUAACAGUAGUUUCACACCAUGUUGUUCAGCACAAAAACCAACACUUAACUUUGAUUUUGACAUAUUUACAAGCCAUUACGGGCAGAACAGAGAUGUUUAGCAUUAAUAUGGUGGCGUUUGUGUCUUAGACAGGCAUGCAUGACCUGUGCAAUAGCUAACAGUUAUCAGUGUGUUCAUGGUUAAUAUCCAAUAUGCAGGGAUAGAUUUGUUGUGAUGUGAAGCCCCAAUCCAGCGAAGUGAAGACUCUACUCAUAAACUUCCUAAAACCUUUGAAAUAAGCCAUCGAAACAAAUCUACAGGUGUCUUCGUUUUUGUUCUGCAAAAACUACUAAAAGCCUUUAGUGUUUGUGGAUUACAGGGUUCCAGCAGGGGGCGCUAUACUGUUGUUUUGGAAUGGGACUUUUCCAGAUUUUCUCACUUAUUCCUGUAAGUUUGAGUAUUUAUUUCUACUAAAUCUGUGAAUGCUCUCCUCAUUUCUCAAAUAUCCCAGUAUAUAUGAAAGUGUACGCUUGAAUUUUCAGAAAUAAUAAUAUCUGUCAUUUGUAUUUGAUGCUCCAUGAUGUGUUUGUGACACUCAACGUUGCCAGAGAAGGAGAUUAAGAUGAAAGAUGCCAAACUGGGGGAUUUUUGUUGUUUUCUGCCAAUGAGGACGGUGGAGCUGCUCUACCUGAAAUACAAACAUGAUGUUUUUAUUUUUGAUUUUUUACAGUGCAACUUUCUGUACCUUUAGCAGCAGCAAUGUUAAUGGAACUGGGUGGGAAAAUAAAGCUAAAAAAGGAAGUUUUAUAAAAAUCAGAAGCAGGGUACAGCUUCCAGAAGUUUUUGUUUGUCUGAAACCACCAGUAGGGGGCACCGACAUGUUUUUAAUGGUCCCAUUAUGAGACGUUUCCAAGCCAGACUGGAGAAUCCUCCAUGGUUGGUGAUGGUUGGUUGGUGGGAAGCAGGAGAUUUGUUGGUUCCAGACUGAUUGGUUGACUUGGUAACAAAUGAGGCAGGCACUUCUUGUUGCUAAUUUGGCUAAUUUUAUCUUUUGCACUAAUGUUUUGCAUACUGAAUUGAGAAAGUCAGUAUUUGUUAAUAUGCUAAUGAUAACCCACAUUCUGAUGGUAGCACUUAGGCUAACAUUAGCAUUUUUGUUCACUUUAGUGUAUACAAUGCUCUUUGCACACUAAAUGCAGUAUGUAGGUCAACAUACUGUUAUCUCCCAUGCUAAUGUUAGCAUGUUAGCUAACAGCAUUUUAGUUCUUUUUAGCUUAUACAUGCUCUUUGCACACUGAGUGGAGAACGUUACUGUCGGUCAACAUAUGUUGAUAUCUCCCAGGCUAAUGUUAGCACAUAGGCUAACAUUAGCAUUCUAGCUUAUUUUAGUGUACACGCUGUUCUUUGCACAUUAGAUGGUGUAUGCUAUUGUAGGUCAACAUGCUACUGAUACCCCCCAUGCUAAUGUUAGCAUUCAGGCUAACAUUAGCAUUUUAGCUAACUGAAUCAUGAAAAUGUUUGUUUUUGUUUUAAAUUUAAAGUUUGACAUUUUUUGUUUCAUUUUCUCUCGUUUCUUUCUGUUUUUAAUAAUUCACAAAACAUUUGUGAUAUACAAAUAACUUAACAGAAGCUUUUAUCCAAAGUUACUCACUGUUGGGGACCAAAGGUUUCGGUGCAGGGAUGAACUCUGCCUUCAACAUCCAAUGAAAGGUCAGAGAACAGAUGAAGAAGUUCAGAUUUGGUGCAUCCACCAUCUUUUUCAUCAACCUUAAAUAUUUUUGUCUGGAAAACUAAAAACAUAAGAUUAGAGAUUAUUUUAAUAGGUUUUCUAAGCCAAACAUUAUAUUAUAAAAUAAGUGACCCAAAACGCUCAGUUAGAGUCCAGUUAUGACAUAACUUCCAUAAUUGUAAAUAGACAGCUGGACUUUCUCUUGUUUCCUGAAGUAAAUUUUAGGUCAGAGGUGAAACGCCCUUAAGCAGGUAGAGAAUGGACAGGUGGCAUCUAUUGAAGCACUUAGGAAGAUUGUAAGAAAAGUUCAAGGUUGUUUCAGUCAGAUUUUUAUAUUAAUGGGGAAACUGGCGGAGGUCAUUUCGUCAUGGAGCUACGUCUCUUUUUUUGUUUAUUUAUGGCUUCAUAUGUUACAGGACCGGUCAGGCCGUAAAAUAUCGAUGCUGGAUACUGACAAUGUUUUCAGUAAAGAUCCUUAAAUGAGGUCAGAGUUUUUGGUUUCAGAUGCAAGUUUAUGUAUUUCCCACCCAGUACCAACUACUUUUGUGUUUUUAAGCAGUAAAAUAAAACUUUCUGUUGAGGGUGAGUGAUGUUUUAUCUGCCACUUGGUUUCAAAACAGAGAAUAAGGUGCCUUCAGACAUAAGGAUGGUACAAUAAUCAAUAAUCACGGGGAUCAUCAUCCGAGACAAACCACCUGAAUAAAAGACAAUUCCAUAUCUGAGUUUCCUGCGCGUUGGUUGACGAUGUUCAUCCAGAACAGAAAUACGAAGCCAUUUCUGGAUUUUUAAGAAACAAAAUGGACCGAGCCUUCAGUGACCCUCAUCAUCCAACAAAGAAACAAAAAGGACCUGAAACUUGGACCUAAAGUCUUCUGGAAGGACGACUCAUUGGACUGGAGAGUAAAUCAUGUCCUAACAUCUCAUAUGAAGUGGAAAUCUCUUUAAUGAACUCUGUUUUACAUGUUAUUUUUGUACUUUGAGUUUUAAACCACUGUCCCAGUGUUUUUCUUCCAGAAUAUUUUCUGUUUUUAAUCAACGUUCUUGGAUGUCGGAAACUAACGAUUGCUGGAAGAAAGUUCUUCCCUCUUAGCUCUGGUUUGUAUGAUCGCGUUUAACUGGUGGAUGUUGGGAAAUGCAAACAUUGACUCAUUUUUUCAGUUUCUCUGCGAUCACCUGAAACCACCUGUAGAUAUAAAGUGUACAGUGUGUUCUUGUUUCAGUGGGGCCAACAGCAUCAAUCUGCAACCGACGUUCAGAAUUGCUUGAAUUAACAACCCUGCGCUCUAAACACCAAAAGGUUCUCCUGGUUCUCCUGUGGAAACAAGCCAAAACAAAAGCUCCAGUCGUUUUAGAAACACUUCACGGACUAAUAAUUGGUUUCAAUCUGAAGAACCGCUUUGACGUUUUAGAGCAAGCUUCUGAUAUCAGUAUUGUUGUGUGACGAGCUUUUAAUAACAUGAAGUGCUCCUUGGGCUGCUUUGUAUUUUUUAGCAUUUUUGAUUUUGUUAUGUGCUUAAAAUGUGAUUUCUGAUUUGGCUUUUGAUCUAGGAUCCGUUUUUUUAAACUUUUAACACGUUUACAACCACAACAACAGUAAUGCAGAGGUUUCUAACAUGCAGAGGUUUCUAACAUGCUUGUCGAGUUGCUUCAACACCAGACCAGAAAUAAUCCCUUCCUCCUGAGCUUCUUGGAGCUCCGGACCGUUGGGUCUACACAGGGCAUCUACAGAAACACCUGAUUCCUUUAUGGGGGCCUUGCAGAAACCAUUUCAACCGAAACAAAAAAAGGUUUUCAUUCAACACUGGAUCACGCCUACCUCGAGAGAACACGGCUCGUUCUGUUCCAGUUCCCGUCCAGGAGAAACCAACACAUCCACGCCUGUUUCUGCAUGAACUCUAAACUCCAAAUCCUCCAAAAACCAACAUUAGGUUUCAGAUCUGAUCCAUCCUGGCGCCGCCUGUAGAAACCAUCCUACCUUCACCCGUGUUUAUUGGUAAAUGUAUUUGGACCUCUGUUCGGUGAAAAGCUUCUCAAUCCUUAAGGCUCUACCAGCUCUAGAGAUCAGGUCAGAAUCCAGAUUAAAAUAAUAUGACAAAUUUGACAAAAACAAAAGCAAAGUUCUGAAGCAGUGGCUGAAAACUGAAUCCAGUGGCUGUAAGAACCUUCAGCACCAGAACCUCACAUGGUUCUUUCCUUCAACUCGUUAGGGUUUGGAGAAGCUUGUCUGUUUAGUUAUGACUCAACAGUUUUAUUUUUCAUGUCUGGCUUUCUCCAAGCAUCUCCAGAUGUUCCAGAAGUCUUUGGUUUCAUUCCGUUGCAGCUUUGCAGACCUACAGCGUGUUCAGGUUGAGGUCGUCCUUCUUCCACUCAUCCAAACAGCCAAACUUGUUGAGUAUUUCUAGAAUUAUCCAGGUUAAAAGUUCAACCUUUAACCUGUUUAGCAGCUAAAUGUUACCAACUAAAAUGUUAGCCCCACUAACCUUAAAAGGCUAACUAAUCAUAAACAUUACUUUCACCAAUGCACAGUAGCAACAGGGUAUUUAUCAAAAGCUAAUGCUAAAGCACUAAAUUCAACCAUGUUGAUGCCCAUCAGUGGUGGAAACUGCUAGCUAAAACGUUAGUUGUGUUAUCCUAGAGCACUAAUCAGAAACUUUGGUUCCAUAAAGCUAAAGUGCUAUACCAACAUGACAUUUAGCAAAAGCUAAUGCUAAAGAACUAAACUCCACCAUCUUGAUAUCUACCAGCAUGGGUAGCUAUCAAAAAGUUAGCUAAGGCACUAACCAUAAACGUUAGCUUCAGCAAUGCUAAAGCUCUUUAGCAGAAGCUAAUGCUAAGUGAUAGCACACACCUGAGUGGACAUUUUUCCUCCCUGCUUCUGCAUUUUGAUUGAAUUUUUGUCAAAUAUAUUUUCUGUAUGAUUGAUCUCUUUAUUUUAAGCAUUAUUUAAUCCAAACACCCAAAGUUCUCAGUAGAUUGAGUUUAGAAACAUGCAGAAACAAUUUUUAAUGCUCCUUUAAUCACUUAUUUGAGAUAUUCCUUAUUUUGUGCCCAGGCCUGCUCUCCACUAUCAGUUUGCAUGUGGUAUUUAUUCCAGUAUCUGCACUGAAUGAGCUGUAUUAUAAACAUGAAUGUACAUAAGUUGUUAAAUGAACAUUAGCUCCCGUCGGCUGCGUUUCAUCGGGAAGAGAAGGCCUGAGUUAAUUUUUUCUAUUCCCUAGAAGCAGAUCCGGUCUGACCGCUGCAGGAAAGACAGGGAACUUUCAAAAUAAACUAAAACAGCCGAUCAGAUCUGCUUCCAAUGAAGCUCAGACUCUUCUGCCUCCACGUGAAGACGGCCGGUUGUGUGUGUGUCGAUACAGGGACGGGUGAACGGGGGUCCGGCCCGUUUGGAGCGGACCGCUUCAUGGAGAAAAAUCAGUUCUUGUUUAUAAUGUAGAGCAAAAAGAGAGACUGCAAUAGUCCUUGUAAAAUUGUACGAGUAAAGUGUCAAAUAUGUGUCCAACAGAGACAACAUUAUUUUAAAAAUUAUGUUUGGAAGAUUUUAGCUGUGUACAUAAAUAUAUAUUACUUGUACUUUGUUUUUGAAAUGGCAGAAAUAUGAACAAAGUGGAAAUAUUUAUUGCUCUAAAAAUAUAAAAAUCUGUUCAGUG